UACCAAACUUCCACUACAUCAUUCCAUAGUCGGUCGCUGAACUACUCGCAGACUUUGCUUGCACCAAACUCGGGUCCGUCUCCGUGGAAAACUCUCUUAUUAUGCUUGCGUCUCGACAAUGCACCAGUAGCAGGAAUGCAUGCGUCUACAAUCGGACGCAUGCCCUGCCGGGUCUGAGCAUGCCAGCUCGCCGCCGACAGCUCACCGCGUGCGUCGUGGCCGAAGCUGCGGCGAGCGGCGGCAAGGUCAUCGCCAUGUACACGAAACCAGGAUGCGAACUUUGCGAGGGGACGAGGGACCGGGUGCAAGGCAUUAUCGACCGCGCGCAAUUCAUGCCCAGCGCAAUCGCCGAGUGGCGCCUGGAGGAACGGGACAUCACCACCAACCCCGCCUGGGCCGUGUACGAGAUGGAGGUGCCGGUGUUGGUGGCGUCGGGCUCAGACGGGAGAGAGGUCCGGCUGCCCCGCUGGCCGCCGCGCAUGACAACCGACAAGCUGCGGCAGCACAUCGAGGCGUCGCUGCCGCAGUAGCAGCAGGGCAGCAGAAGCAGAAGCAGCAGUGCGUGUGUGGUGGCGGCAGGGGGCUGGCUGACACGGGUGACGGGGCGAUGAUCACGGGAGGGGGGGGGCAGUCGGACACGUGCAGCAGGCUACCACGUGGUCGCGUGGGGUGGAGCAUGUCACGCCGCCAGCAGUAUAUGCAGGAUGAAACCUGGAGGGGCGUGUGAUAGUGUAUGUCGCUUUAUGUUGACGUGUACCAGUAGGCGCAUACGAUAGGAUUCGGACUAUCCCUGCAGAAAGGAGACGCAUGGGACUCGGACUGCCCCUUCUUGUACUGGCGCAUUCAUUGGAGUGUUGUGCUGAGCAGGUAAUGCGUACAGGUACUGCUUGCUGAGUAACAGGGGUGAAGUGUGCAUGGGAAAACACCCUCGCCUUUCUGGCGCGUUUGCUGCAGCACAAGGAAGAAAUCACGUGUGAUGGUGUCUGCAAUGGCGUAUGUGCAUGACCGGAACAACGGCUAGCGGCUUUGUUCGCGCAUAUAUAUGUAUGGUAUGGUGGGCGCAUGAGGGUUACAAGCAAUCGGUUGUAAGGACACACAGCG